AUGUGGGAUGUGUGGCACGCCGAAGGAUUUGAUUUACUGAGCAAACUUGGUAGCAACACCACGACUUGGGCGGGUGAGAGUGGUGUAGUCUUACUUAAGGGCGCAGAAGUACCCGCGGAGUCUGAUAGCGACGGUGAGGCAGAGAUUGACGGGGCGCGGUCCCCUUCGCCCUGUAGCGUACGGUUCGUUAAUGACAACGUACUUAUCAAUGGACGAUCGUCAAUGCUAGCGCGCACGCCGUUGCAUCGCGAACGAGCUGCUAAGCUAAAGCUCCAAUUCGACGACUCACUGACGCGGACCUUUGAAUAUCCCUCCGAGAUUUCCCUAUGCGAAGAUGAGCCCGCUACUGCCGCUUCACCCGCUGCCACAUCCGCUCUAGCCACCAAUACUACAAUUGGUGGAGGCAGCGGCGGUCUGUCCAGAUACACCCCUAGUAAGACUGUCGCUGACACAUUCCAGCUGGGACUGUCGAGAACGCACCAAGCCCCGGAGGCUAGCGAUUGUAAAGUGACAAGCAACGGAGCGGAGGCUGAAGCGGAAGCGGAUGCAGAGAGUGGAGACGCGCGUCCCUGCGCCGCUGAUUCCGCUCGCUCUUGGUCUGAAUCGCGCACACACACCACUGAUUUACUCUUCUGA